AUGAUGAAGCAUGGGCACAAGGAUGAGUAUGAGAUCAUUGAUGAUCACAGAACUGGGAAGAUUGUGAACCUCACACUCAGGUUACGCAAGUGUGGAGUGAUCAUCCCCAGACUUGAGAGGCAGCUGAAAGAUCUAGAAAAUUGGAAGAAUGUGGCUGUGGACUUGUCCCUGGAGGAAUGGCGGCACAUGGACAGUGCCCAGAGGACCCUGUACAGGGAUGUGAUGCUUGAGACCUAUAGCAAUCUGCUGUCCGUGGAUUCUUACAAAAAGGAGGAGCUCCUUGGUGCCAAUAAUCAAAGUCAAGAAAAAUCCUUCAGGAAAGCUGAAGAGAUGGCAUUUCAGAAAACACAUGAAGGCUUUAAUACGCCUGAGGACAACCUUCAGUGCAGGGAGCAUCUCAGUGAGCAUCUUAGUGAGCAUGCCAAAGUGCACAAUGCUCAGCAGUGUCUAGAGCACAGUGGAAAAGGGAAGACUUGCAGCAGGAACAAGCUAUUCUCUAUGUGUGAAGGAGUUAACCACAAACAUUCCUGUGACAAGCCACCUGCUAGUGUGGGGACAAUUCAGGUUGGAAAGGAAAAGUUCCAUAGCAAUUCUUCCUUUGGCAAGCAUCAGCAAUCACACUUGAGAGAGAAAUCCCAUGAGCAUUGUAAGAACGAAAGGUCCUUUAUAUACGAAAGAGAUCUUAAACUAAGUCAUAUAAUGCACGCAGCAAAAAACCAGUAUACAUGUGUCAACUGUAAAAACUCUUUGAGCUCUCAAUCUUGCAUUCCCACCAAACAGAAAAAUGACAUAGGUGAAAAUCUCUAUUUUUGCAAUGGAUGUGAAAAACACCUUGAUCAGAAGUCAGAACUCAUUAGAGAUCAGUUAUUUUGCACUGCAGAAAAGCCAUAUGAAAGCAAUGAGCCUGGAAACGGCUUUCAUGGAAACUCAAUCCUCGAUGCACAUCAGAGAGUACACAAAGGCAAGAAAAGUUAUGAACGCAGCAUGUGUGAGAAAGUAUUUUCCUCCAAGUCCUACCUCAUUUCACAUCAGAGAAUCCACACUGGUGAAAAAACUUGCAAAUGUAAUGUAUGUGGAAAAGUAUUUAGCCAGAGGUCAUAUCUCAUUAGGCAUCAGAGAAUCCACACAAGGGAGAAACCUUAUCAAUGUAAUGAGUGCAGAAAGGCUUUUCACCAGAAGUCACACCUCAUUAAACAUAAGAGAAUCCACACAAGAGAGAAAAGUGAAUGUAAAGUGUGUGGAAUAGUAUUUUACCUGAGGUCUAGUCUUAGCAAACAUCAGAGAAUUCACACAGGUGUGAAGCCUCAUGAAUGUAAAGAGUGUGGGAAAACAUUUAGCAGGCGUUCAAACCUCAUGUGUCAUCAGAGAAUUCACACAGGUGUGAAGCCUCAUGAAUGUAAUGAGUGUGGAAAAGCCUUUAGCAGGAGGUCAAACCUCAUGUGUCAUCAGAAAAUUCACACAGGUGUGAAGCCUCAUGAAUGUAAUGAGUGUGGUAAAGCCUUUCGCAGGAGGUCACACCUAAUGCGUCAUCAGAUAAUUCACACAGGUGUGAGAGCUCAUGAAUGUAAAGAGUGUGGGAAAACAUUUAGCAGGAGGUCAAACCUCAUGUGUCAUCAGAUAAUUCACACAGGUGUGAAGCCUUAUGAAUGUAAUGAGUGUGGGAAAACAUUUAGCAGGCGUUCAAACCUCAUGUGUCAUCAGAAAAUCCACACAGGUGUGAAGCCUCAUGAAUGUAAUGAGUGUGGGAAAGCCUUUAGUACGAGGUCAAACCUCAUGUGUCAUCAGAUAAUUCACACAGGUGUGAGAGCUCAUGAAUGUAAAGAGUGUGGGAAAACAUUUAGCAGGAAGUCACACCUCAUGCGUCAUCAGACAGUUCACACUGGACUGAAACGCUAUGAAUGUAAUGAGUGUGGGAAAACAUUUAGGUGGAGAUCAGACCUCAUGCGUCAUCAGAGAGUUCACACUGGACUGAAACAGUAUGAAUGUAAUGAGUGUGGGAAAGCAUUUAGCAGGAGAUCAGACCUCAUGCGUCAUCAGACAGUUCACACUGGACUGAAACGCUAUGAAUGUAAUGAGUGUGGGAAAGCCUUUAGCAGGAGGCCAAACCUCAGGACUCAUCAGACAAUUCACAAUGGGGUGUAGCCUUAGGAAUUUAAUGAGUGUCAGAGAGCAUUUCUGUCGAGGUCAAACCUCAUGAGCCAUCAGAAAAUUCACACAGGGGUGAAACCUUAUGAAUGUGGUGAAUGUGGGAAAGUAUACAGGUGGAAGUCAAGCCUCUUGACACAGGAGAUAAUUCAAACAGGGAACAAACCUUUUGAAUAUAAGUCGUUUAAAAAUGCCUUUUGCCCAGAGGCAACUCUCAUCGCAAAUCAACAAAUUCACAAGUUGAAACUUAUAUAUUUGGUGUAA